AGUCUUCUCACCCGUCACGACUGCUUCUGUUUAAAUCAACGAGGCGCGGACAGAGAGAAACACAGAGGGGCAGAGAGAUAAAAAGCGAGGUAGUGAGGACAAGGGUGGGAGGGAGAGCAAGAGAAAGAAGAGGUGAAGAGCCACAGAGCAAAAAAGAAAUACAUCGCUGUCACUCUGACGUCUCCCCUCAUGCUCCCGUUUCAGCGCGUGUGAGUGCAAGAAGAGGAGAAGGGGGAAAGGGGGGAGGAAAAUAAAUCCUGGGAGCUUGAAUCGUCUCUUUGCUUUAUAUUUCCUUCUUUUUGUUUUCUUUUUAAAAAAAAAUUUUUUUUUUUUGAUCUCCAUCAUCCAAGGCAUGACGGCGGGUUUCAGCUGGCACUGCAGAAUAAAAGAAAGGGAUGCUUUGAAUGCUGCUUCUCUUCUGACAAGGGACAAGGAAGAGGAGAAAGGGGGACAAUAAACAGGAUUUCUAGUAUGACUGGGAGUCCUUAUGCCGUAUGCACUGGAAUAGCACUGUUACACUGAAGUCUCUGAAUGAGUAGAUGUAUUGGCUGGCAGGUUCCAUACAGAGUCACCAGUCUUCUCUCAACGCAGCACGAAGCAUGAAGUCUGACUGCGAUAAGGGUUAGACAACAGCGCGAGGGGCCAGCCCUGAGGAAGUGAAACUGUUGCAGGAGUUCGGAUGUCACCCGUGUCACAGCUUCUACUUCUACUCAGCUUAACCGGCUACACCAACACACAUCACUGCUCUCCAAAGGACGCCAAUUAAGGGCAGGCUUGAGACAAAGAGCAAGGAGUAAGGGAAUACGCUGGAGGAGGGGCCUGUACCUGCUGGGGACAGGGAGCGCGCUGCUUGUGUGGACUUGCUGAUUCCUGUCUCCGCGAGCAGACAAGACAGAGGAAGAGGGAAAAGGAAAUGGAAGGCUGAUGUGUCAUGGAGGAUGUCAACGCUAGGUAGCCCAUCUAGUAUGCAGUGUGGCUUUCCCAGCCACGCCAUGAUCCAGGUCUAACUGUGGGUAAUGCCGAGCCAAAUAACCAAUCCUGGAGAUGCCGAAGAGAAGAGAUAUUCUUGCCAUCGUGUUGAUCGUGUUACCCUGGACUCUGCUCAUCACCGUUUGGCACCAAAACGCUAUUGCUCCACUCCUCGCCAUCCGCAAGGCCUGUCACCACCUAGUAAAAGAGAUCUUUAUCAUUCCAGAGAGGCUUGCAGUCCGCCACCACCGGCUCUCAGAUGAUGGUGUCGAGGGCAAAAGGGAGGCAGGUGGCCAGGCACAGGACUCCAAGGAAUACUGUGCCUCAGAUAAGGACAUUGUGGAGGUGGUGAGGACAGAGUAUGUGUACACACGACCUCCGCCCUGGUCCGAUGUGCUGCCUACAAUCCACAUCAUCACCCCCACAUACAGCCGGCCCGUGCAGAAGGCGGAGCUGACACGGCUAGCAAACACCUUCCUCCACGUCCCCAACCUGCAUUGGAUCUUGGUGGAGGACUCCCAAAGGAGAACGCCGCUCGUCACACGACUCCUCCGAGAAACAGGGCUGAACUACACCCACCUCAAUGUAGAGACGCCCAGGAACUAUAAGCUGCGAGGUGACACUCGGGAUCCCAGGAUUCCCAGAGGGACUAUGCAGCGGAAUCUGGCCUUGCGGUGGUUGAGGGAAACAUUCAACGCCAACAGCAGCCAACCUGGAAUCGUCUACUUUGCCGACGAUGACAACACAUACAGCCUGGAGCUGUUUGAGGAGAUGAGAUCGACUCGGAAAGUUUCUGUGUGGCCUGUGGCUUUUGUGGGUGGCUUGAGGUACGAAUCCCCCAAGGUCAACGCAGCCGGUAAGGUCUACGGCUGGAAGACAGUGUUUGACCCUCAUCGGCCCUUUGCCAUCGACAUGGCUGGCUUUGCCAUCAACCUGAGGCUCAUCCUCUUCAAGCCACAGGCAUAUUUUAAGCUUCGCGGGGUGAAGGGAGGUUACCAGGAGAGUAGUUUGCUCCGGGAACUUGUCACGCUCAACGACCUGGAGCCAAAAGCAGCCAAUUGCACUAAGAUACUCGUUUGGCACACAAGAACAGAGAAACCUGUCCUUGUAAACGAGGGGAAAAAGGGAUUCACAGACCCCAAUGUGGAGAUUUGACCGUUUACCCCACCGUGGCUGGCCUCAAACCUGCGAAGGGAGAAAAUGGUGAAGCUUCCCGAUGAGUGCAACCAGCGUUAACAUCAUAAUCAUGAGAAGAAAACAAAGAAGAAGGUGGAGGGGCCUUUAAAGGGGGACUUAAUCCUCAUGACUGAAUCUGACAUUUAAAAAUAAAAAAAGAAAAGAAAUAUGGACCAAAACAGUACAUGAUGUAUUGUAUUAAAGCACAGAUUAGUAAAAGGCAGCGGAUAUUUGUCAGGUGUCUGCCACUAAUAUACAGAGGGGACAACAGAGGACGCUUCACAGGGUCGGUGUGGACAGUCGUGACCUGCGACUCCAAGGACCCGUGGCCCGCUGAGGACGGCCUAACAAAAGAGACAGCACAAUAGAAAAAGCGUGUUUAAAAAUAUCCACCUCAAAUGUUAAAAAAAAAAACAAAAAAAGGAAAUAACACACAAAUAGAUCUGGAUCUGCACACGGUACCCCACAGAAAUCCCUCAUGGACUUAAGGACACGGCCUACUCCAUCAUCAGCCUGGAUAAAAACACCGCUCCAAGGACAAAGACGUCUGAUGUGGACUUUCCGAGCGAACGCAAACAUGGCAAGGGGAGGAAUGUUCUUUUGAUAACUUAGAAAUGUUUGCUUUAAGUUAAUUUAACCGGUUUAGGUGUUUUACAGGCACUUGACUUGCUAGUUCAAUACUACUGACUCUUAGCUUCAUUUACUCUCGGGUUAUCACUGUCCAUUUUAUAGUCAUCCAUCAUAAAUCAUACACUUGAAGAGAGGCUGCUGUUUGGCAUAAACCCCUCUGCGCUUCAGAGCUGAACUGUACUGUACAAGUAAACAUCAGAAACCUAACACUCUCCUUAGCACUUGAAAAUACACAGAUGUUCCUCUGUGACCACCUAUAUAAAUAGUAACUGCAUAUGAGAUCAGUCAGAGGGGUUUGACAAGUGCAUUGUAAUUACUGUAUUUCUGUGUAAAGAAAAAGCCCCCCCCCCCCCCAGUGAAUUCCUCAGAAUGACACACAACAAGGCACAGGUUCACUCUAGGUUCAACAUGUGGAAAGAGUAAUAGCACAUCAGCAUCAGCAUUAUCAUUAUGUGGCAGAGUCACAAACGCUGACCUGAUCCCCCCACCCCCCGUGUCGGCUUUUCAGCUGCCGCAGCUUUGUCAGUUUUUCACAAUGCAGAGAAACAAUGAUUUAAUAUUUCCCCUUGUCUAUGCACACACAUCUGUUCUGGUUUUCAAGAGUCUGCUGUGUAUAGUUGCAAAAAAAAAAAA